UAUUUUCUCCCUUUUUUUGUAGUCAAAUGCAAAUAAGAAAGCAAGAGAUGACUUUUUGGGAGAGGCAGCAUAUAUGGGACAAUUUGAUGACCCAAAUGUCAUACAUCUCGAGGGUGUGGUCGUUAAAGACCUUCCCAUAUUGAUUGUCAUGGAAUUCAUGAGCAAUGGAUCGCUUCAAUCCUUUCUACAAAAAAACGAUGAUAAAUUUACUGCACUCCAGUUACUAGGAAUGGCCCGGGGUGUGGCUUCUGGAAUGAAGUAUCUGUCUGAAAAGAGCUACAUCCACAGGGAUUUGGCAGCCAGAAAUAUUUUAGUAAAUGAUGACAUGGUUUGCAAGGUUGCUGAUUUUGGAAUGAGCAGAGAAUUGAGCAAGGAUGAUACAUAUGACACAACGGGUGGUAAGAUCCCUGUCAAAUGGACAGCACCGGAAGCAGUCCAAUUAAAGAAAUUCACUAUUGCUUCGGAUGUUUGGAGUUAUGGUAUCCUGCUUUGGGAGGUAAUGUGUUACGGAGAAAGGCCAUAUUGGAACUGGGGCAAUAAUGAGGUGCUUGAACGUCUGGCUUCUGGCUUCAGACUUCCUCCGCCAAUGCUAAGUGAAUACUUCUUGCAGAGCUGCCCUAAAGUUGUACAUGAUCUCAUGUUAUCUUGCUGGCAUAAAGAUCGCGUGAAAAGACCCAAAUUUAAGGACAUUCGUGGCACGAUUGAUAAGUGGAUCCAGAGUCCGGAGUUGCUGACACACGAAGAAUCGGUUGUGACAAAGCGGGCCACAGUUUUCUUAAAAAAUGACUGAAAAAUGAUGUUUUGCCUGACAAUAUAAGAUCUGAUUUCUAAUGUCAUGGAAGUAUCUUGAAGUGACAACAAAAAGUUCCCACAAAUGCAUUUGUGUUCUGUUUCCUUGCAUUUCGGCUGCCGUUAACAAUGCAUGCUUUGCCAUUGCAAAUUCCAAGACUUCCUGGACUGUAUAUUGCAUCAUCACAGAUGUGAUGUUCCCGUAAUGCAUGAACUGCUCCGUGGUUGUGUAGCCAACUUUAUUUAAAGAUUAGCUUUGUGAUAUUUUCUAUUUAAUUCAAAUAUCACUUUUCACCAAAUUUAGCUGGUAUUUACUGUUACUAAUGCGUCGCCCAAUGUGCCCCACAAACGAUGGCACCGAUGACUCUGAAAACAUUUUGCAGCUCUGUCUAUCCAAUGUAAAUUCAGGGGCGUCGCGACCGGGGGGGGCGGGGAGGUGUCACACCAACCCAAUAGUAUCUCAAUAGGAAAUUUCAGGUAAAACCCGCUCGGUGGAGAAACGCUUCAGGUAUUUUAGAGACCUUCAUGUCAUAAAAUCAAUAAAGGAUCAAGCAAAGGUAGUUGCUCCGUUGGUUAAAUAUGAUAUUCCUUAAUAUGAAUGAAGGUAAACAAACUAAUGAUUUGAAGAUUUGAAGAUUGCUUCUUGGCACUUAAUCGAAAGGCCCUCUUUAGGUAAAAUUGUGUCUUGUGUCCAUUUCCCCUAAAGUUUCUCUGUAGAAGCGUCAACUGCAAUUCACUAUGAGCUCCAGAUAUUUUUAACAUGCGAAAGGCAUGCUUAGAAGAAAAGAGGGAUCUAAAUUGACAACCAGUGCUGCUUGUUACCUAGCUUGUUACCAUUUGGAUAUGCAAAUCUUCCCAACAACGAUCUAAUGCAGAUUUUUUGUAUGGUGUUAAAUACUUUCCUGUUGAAUUCAAUAGAGAUAUACUUCUCCCCUUUUGGUCCUAUUUGAAGUAAAGUCCCGUUUGGCCCUAUUCGGUUCUGUUUUAACUUUUUAUUUUAGCAAACUGUUUGAGACAGUCAAUUGUAGUUUAGCUUUAUGUAAUGUCCCCGGUAGUCACAGCCUUUUGCUUCCAGAGGUAUCGUUCCCUGUGUUGUAGUAAUUUUUGAUAGUAGUAUAGUUUGUGGUAUAUAUUGUAAAUUUUUAGUAGAACCUUAUAAAAAUUGUGUCAUUGAUGCUACUAGCCCUCAUUUCGACAUGUUUUACACUUAGACUACAAAGAAAAACUUGUCUUCUUUUGUUUAUUAUGUGAGAGGAUUGCCAUGCAAAAGAUGUUCUGAAUAGAUAAACUGAAUACGGUAACGUUGCAAAGAGUGACUUAGGCAUUCUCUUGUUUUAGGGGGAAAUUUUUGCUUUUUUGUUCUUUAAACUUUUAUAGUCCUGAUUUUUAAAGGUUCAGAUUUAUUCAUAAAAUUAAGUUUCUUUAAAAAGGAAUUAUCAAAAUGGCCAACAAACCACUUAAGGAAACGUGAAAAAGGAAAUUCCUUCACUUUAGGACUGCUGCUCACGUUUCGAUAGUUCUAGACCCUAUGUAUAAUCGAAAGGCCAUCAUGGCUUUGCUCACUUUUUCAUUAGAAUUAAUAAUAAAAACAAGAAGAUAUGCAAGAAAAUUCACUCUCCAGAAACAUCUCUACGAUAAAUUUGAACAAAAAGGAGUAACAAUUGAUACUACUUUAUUAAAAUUGGGUGUAAUGGAACAUUAGCUAGUGGGCGCUCUGAGAAACCUCUGAAAACCUUCACCUUUAACAGAAAAUAUGCAGAUGCUGAAUUAAGAGGUUCAAAAAUACAGUAUUAAGCUAAUAGGUAGCCCACAUUUAAAAUUUGUAAUCCUGAUCUAUUUACGUCUUGCAAAAAUGAUGAUCAUUGCCUCUUACCUGAUUUUCAUAGCAGGUUUUAAUCUAAUGGCAGCGAAUUUAAGGCAGGGGAGGGGUGACCAACAUUCUAAAAGCCAAUGGAAAAGUAAUUAAUUUAAUGGUUUGAAGUAAAUUUUACCGUUUCCACAGGGGAGGGGCGUCCUAAGACGUUGGAAUGGAGGCUGUUCUGUAUAGGCCACGCCCAAAACCACAAGCACGCUCAUUCCCAAGAUAGUUGUGUUUGUGUUAGAGAUUUUCCGUUAACUGACAUGGAACUUCAUAUAAGAAAUUGCCUAGUCACGGAAAGUCAAUAGCAUAGUUAAAAUUGCCAAGUAAAAAAUCCCUCCAACUAAACAAAAACUGGCUUGCGAAGAGAGGGCUGAGCCCCAAGAGUCUCCCUUCACGGCACCCCUGCUUUUUCUAUAGAAUCUUUCUAUGAGCACAAGCUACACCUAUUGUUAACAUGAUGCUUAUUGGACUUUUAUUUCUUAGUUAGAUACUUCAGCCCGUAUCAUGGAUACGUAAGUGAUAUAUUGCAGAUUUUGUUAAUAAUAUCAUUGAUAGUUUUGUAGUUCGGCAUCGGUUUAAAAUAAUAAGAAUUUUGUACUAAAUGGCAUAUCUUUCACGUGCCAUAUCUGAAUUAACUGAUGAUUCAUUAUUAUGAUAAUACUAUUACAUUUUUAGUUUUAUCGCAAAUUUUUAUUUUUAAAAAUGAAUGUCGUACUACUCGGUGAUUCGGUUGUGUUCUUUCUGGCUACAUUCUUUUCCUUAUGUUAGAAUAUUGUUUAUAAGAAUAUUAGGGUCCAGAAUCAUCCCAUUUUUUAGAAUAUCAUAAAAAUAUUGCUCAAUCUCGGCUCCCAUUUUUGUCCUUCAUUCUUCAGUUGCCUGUUUUGUGAUGUUGAUGACAAAGAAUUGCAUGACUCGAGAUGUCAUUUUUUUCAAAAAGCGUGGUUUCUAUGCGGGUAUGAGCGACGUUACCCUGAAACCAGAUCAGAUUUGAAAAAAUGGUACUUUAAGAAUACAUUCAGGCUAAAAACGAACAUUUCUUACGAUUAUCGAGGCUGGAAAACUUUUAUGUUAUUCUUAUGAAAAAUAAGUGUAUAAACAUUUAUUUUAUAAGAAAACUUGGAACCAGUGUCAGCCUGUUGCCUCUUAUUUUUUCACAUAAAUUCAGCCUAACGUGUUUCUUAUUUUGUUUCUUAUUUUCUAAAGGAAUUUCCUGUGCAUAGUAGUAUCCGGACCUGGCAUGUGCUUGAUAAAAAAAUUCAUGCUAUUUUACCUAUCACUUUCUAAUUUUCUGUUGCUUUUUCUUCAUUUUUCAAUUUUCGCUGUUGAUUUAUCUCUUGUUUUUUGUUUAAUUUCAGCUUGUCUUGUUUGUAAUGUUGUCCUUAAUUUUCGGGCAAAUCUCAGCCUGGUAACUUAAAACAUUUAUGAUGCUUUCUAAGGACGUGUUUUUUAAUGUAUAACAAUUAGAAUUUUAAUUAUAAUUUUAAUUAGCUAUUUUCUGUUCACUUAACAUUGGUGACAAGGUUUGAGUGUGGUUUCUUUAGACAGGGCAAAACGAUAUUGGGAGCAGUUUUGAUCCCAUGUAUCUAUGAAUUCGCGUAGCCAGGUUCAUUUUGCAAACGUUAAAUUUUGCAAACGGAGGACAUCGAAAGCUCUGUGGCUUUUUUCAUAGAAUACAACGAAGGCUAUAUUUUACUUAUUUAUGAAAAUUAUUUUAUGGAUGACUUAAGCACCUAGAAUUUAUAGAUGAAGCAACUCAUAUUAUUUAUGGGAAGUGAAGUGCUAUCAUUAAAAUUGCAUAUGCUUAAUUCCUACCGUCUACUAUCAUAGACUUACUUCUGAACCAAUUUCGAAAGUUUUAAAAAUCAUGAUAUGAAUAAAAUUACACCCCAAUUCAAUUACACGGAAAUGCUUAUUUUACAAUUACCAAUAUUAUGUUACUUGAUGUUAUUUUCACAAAAUCCAGUAACAAAGUUUCACGAGGAAGUGGAAAUGAGAUGCUCAAUGGUGUCGAGGAACGGGCGUGUAUUGCAAAUGUGAUAACUUUUAAUAAAAAGCCAUGGACUCGUGUUUAUUUGGUAUUGAGAAAUGACAAGAGGUUUACCGUUUGUGGUUUGGUUGACCGUUAUUCAAAUUUUGCUGUUAUCGUUUCUCUGUAUUAGUCUGGCGGCCUAACUUGAGCAUCUGCUCAUACGAUUGUUUUUACACAUAUUCAUACAUUUGUUGUUCUAGUAGACCCUUUAUUUUGGUGCUGCCGUUUUCGUUCAGCUUCUUCACAGCUUGGUCCACAAUAAAGACUGGUGUGAAUGGAAGUUAAGUAUUUAUCUUGGACCACCUCGAGAUUAUGUAGUAUUAUUUGUUAGCUCGUCAUCAUUUAUGGCAUCGUAGCAACUGUCUAUCAUGGAUAUAAGAUGGAACUGGCAUCCCAUUUUGGGCCUAGUCCUGUUAACCUUGAGCUGUAUUGUAAAUGUUAUCAAAGGAAUAGAAGUUCCUGUUUCAUUGCCUGAACUUGGACUUUGGAGGACAGUCAUAAAUGGCACUAAUCCUUCAGCUCGCAAUUAUGUAAGUACAAACAAGUGACCAUGAAAAUCUAGACAUAAAUUUUUCAGGGCAAGGGGUAUGGUAAUGGAAGCUUUUUGUAUGAAAGUGUUUGGUCAUCUCAUUGAUUUUGAAUCAAACUAAUAAUGAAAGAUUUAUACAAAAAGCUUCCUGUUUACUUUUUAAAGAUCUCAAUUCAGUAAAAACCUCUGCUUCAGCAAGAUCCAGGAAAAAAUAUUGAAGGAUUAAUUGAAAUUUUACUUUAAGAUUUUAUCAGUGUUGAAAGACUUUCUUAAAACUUUAGCCUAAAUAUUAAAACUCUACCUUUGGUCUGGCUAUGACCCUCUUUGUGCAGACCCCUAGUAAGGACCAACCACAUUAUCCAAUGGCAGAGUGCUGUAACACUCAAAGUCUAACUUAUCAGGCAAUGUAAACAUAAUCAAUCAUAAUCAGAUUAAGCUUCACUUUGCAGCUAACAUAAUAAGAUAAGAUAAUGCCUCAAAAAAUACUUCAGCAACCAAUCAACAAAAGUUUUCAACUGCAGGCCUGGCUGUAAGCAUUUUAGCAGGCAAGUGGUACAUCACUCUCCUCGGUAAAGUCAGGUGGGCAAUUUUUUUCUCUUGAAAAUCGUUGAUAAAGGUAUAUGAAUAAACAACAGUCUCUAUCAGCUAUAUUUGCAAAAUAAGAUGGCGACUCUCUGACAAAAAUAAAACGAUUGUUUUGUAUAGUCGCAAAUCAACAAUAUUCUCACUAGCAAGAUUUGAAUAGAACCAAAAGUAAAUAAUCACAUAGUGUGAUUUUGUUAUAACAUUAGUACAAACUAGCAUUCAUCAGAAAGCUGUUCGUUUGAUGUUCAAGUACUUGAAGGCUUGUUAUUUACGAGUUCGUUGUCACAGGAACAUACACAUAUCUUAUUAAGCAAAACUAUUCAGCUAUUUCUGGAAGUUUUAAGAUUAAAAGAUUUUGAGAGAUGACAGUUUUUUACUGGUCCUUAAAAAGUUUUAUCUAUCAGUGGGGGAUCUCCUGUAUACUUUGAUCAACAUUAUAGCCAGUUAUGAGAAACCACAGCUGUUCAUACAUUACUUAGAGUUAUUAAGCACCAAGUUUGCAUCUUCUUUCCAUCUAUAUCCUCAAUUUUUCUUCAAAGAACAGCUUCCUUGUCGUAUUUUUUGUAGUAGUUAAGGGUCCGCAAAUCAUGUAGUAGUUAAGGGUCCUUUUUGGUUUUUCGUAGUUAAUUGUCCUAGGGGUCAUAGGGGUCCUAGGGUCAUAGGGUCUGGUUUUUCCAGUAUGCCCCCGAGUCAAGCGUGGAGGCACGCGCGGGCGAUCGCCUGCCUCAAACAGCCGGGUCUGCAAUUGUGUCAAUUGGAAGGUAGAAGUCAUACUAUGUUUAGUGACAUUUUCAAACACACUACAUCAGGCAUCAAAAUUUAUACUUUUUAUACAAAUUUAUACAUUAUAUAAAAUUUAUACAAAAUUUAACAAUGUUGUUACAAAUUAGUUAUGACAAGAUCGCUUAACAUAACAGAUUACUUAAGCAAGGGGGUGAAAAGAGGGAGUAAUCUGCAAUCAACACCUGGUGCUUUAUUAAUUUUCAAAACUCAGCGAUUUAAAGUUUUGAUCCAAGAGUUGUCUGCACUGUUCACCUGACUAUUCUGUUCUUCGGUGAUCACGGCACCAGGAAACAAAGUGGAGCCGGUGUAAUAUGCGUUUUGGUAGGUGUAAUAUGCGCUUUGGUACCCUAUGCAAAUAUAUAACAUUGUAAAACGCAAUGUGUUUCAAAUCAUGUGAUUUCAUCGUAGUGCGAUAUUGUGACUUGUUAUAAUUAACAAAUUGAACACAAAGCUUUUUGAGUUUAAAAUUUCACACUUUUCAAUCAAGAAAACUUUGGAGUCGCCAUUUAUGUUGUACUUUUUUGCAUAAACUUCACUGCACUGCUCCUUGUUAGUACCCCCUUAUUAGAAAUAGUUCGAUUGUUCUUUCCAUUCUGAACAAUAUGAACCAGAACAUUUGUGUUCCCAGACCGGUUCGCAUGCUAAAUUCCACCAUUCGUUUUGAUGCCCUAUUGUUUAAGUGCUUGGGUACGAUUUUGCAUAACCAAAAUUGCCAUGCAUUUGAGCACCCGGACCGAAAUGCAUAAGGUUACCAAAACGCAUAUGACACCACCGACAUUUAUUGGUUGGGGAAAAAACGGAACUAUCGGAAGACUACAAAUGCCAUACAGUCUUAUGGGUAUGUGCCUUCGUAUUGCAAUCAAUGAUGAUAUAUGGACUGAUGGAGAGAGAUAAAAUAUCUUGAAAAGGGCAACAGUGCUCUAUCUUUCGGGGAGGGGGGAUUCGU